AUUUGGGGGGAACUUGGACUUGUCUCACAUUUCACUCAUGCACAGUAGUGUAUUUGCGCCAUCGUGUGGUAAAAGUGCAACACAGACAUUGUCUCUCAGGUAUUAAGAGUGUAAUCUUUUGAUCUUGUAAAGUCACCUGCCUCAGCAAGGCGUUGUUUAUCUCAGAAAAAAAAUGAAGUCUUGUCCCAUGAAAUUAUGCAGACUGCUUUGUUUUUUGUUGACUUUACCCUUACACGUAAUGAAGAUCACAGGCCUGUACGGUAUGUACAAACGCGUGUUUCCCUUGCUUGCCUACAAUAUAACAUUUUCAUACAACGAUAAAAUGCACGAAACGAAGAGGGACCUUUUCCGAAACGUGGGUACAUUUGCGAACACCGAUGGUACUCUUCGCCUGCUGGAGAUAGGCUGUGGCAGCGGGGCCAACUUCAAGUUUUACCCCCACGGCUGCACAGUGAUCUGCACCGACCCCAACCCACACUUCGAGAAAUACCUGCGGAUGAGCAUGGACGCAAACACGCAUUUGACUUAUGACACGUUUAUAGUUACCUCUGGGGAGGACAUGGAGGAGGUAAAGGAUGAGUCACUGGACGUUGUUGUCGGCACCUUGGUUCUCUGUUCUGUCAGCAACGUGCAGCAGGUGUUGCAGGAGGUCCGACGCAUCCUCAAAACAGGUGGUGCCUUCUACUUUUUGGAGCAUGUUGUCUCAGAUCCCUCCUCCUGGACAUACUUCUUUCAGCAUGUGUUUGAGCCUCUGUGGUACUAUCUUGGAGAUGGAUGCAUGGUUACCAGAGCAACAUGGAAAGAUCUAGAGGCAGCUGGUUUUUCUGAACUUCACCUAAAACAUAUUCAGGCUCCUGAGGUUACCCCAAUGAUAAGACCACAUAUCAUGGGAUAUUCCAUUAAAUGAAUGCAGGGGGGAAUGAGCAGACUUUAGUGUGCCUCUUUUGAGCUUUUAUAUUAUUUUCACUCUAAGCCCAGUCUUUAUUUACUGAGAAUAUUUGUAUUCACUGUUAACCUAUAAUUUAAU